AUGACAGCGGAUCACCCUUCGCAAGCCCGACCCGGGCGGCUCCAGGUGGCCGUCAUCGGAGGAGGCAUCGUUGGUCUCAUUACGACCUUGGGGUUGCUGAAGCGCAACAUUGCGGUCAAGGUAUACGAGCAGUCGCGCGGCUUUCGAGAGAUUGGCGCGGGCGUGGCCUUUACGGCCAAUGCCAUGCAGUGCAUGGCGCUGCUGGACCCCCACAUCGUCGACGCGGUCAACGCGGUUGCCACGCCCAAUGGCGAGGACAUGGACAAGCCCAACGACUACCUCCGCUGGCACGACGGGUACCACUGGGACCCGGAGCACCCCGAGACCUCGGACGACAAGCUGCUCUUCACGCUCUACUCGGGCUACAAGGGCUUCCAGGGCUGCCACCGCGCCCACCUGCUCGACGAGCUGGUGAAAUAUGUGCCAUCGGGCGUGGUCGAGUUCCGGAAGCGCUUGACGAGCUACGAGGACAGGGGCCCCCAGGAGAGGUUGCUUCUGCGCUUUGAAGACGGCAGCACGGCCGAAGCCGACGCAGUCAUUGCUUGUGACGGAAUCAAGUCCACGGUGCGCCGGAUCCUUCUGGGCGCGGACAACCCGGCGUCGUACCCGCAUUUCUCGCACAAGGUUGCGUACCGCGCGCUGGUGCCCAUGGACCAGGCCGAGCCGCUGCUGGGCUCCUUCAAGGCUCGGAACCAGCACAUGCACACGGGUCCCGGCGCGCACCUGCUCCACUUCCCCGUGGACGGCGGCAAGCUGCUCAACGUGGUGGCGUUUGCGACGGAGCCGGGCGACUGGCCGCUCGGCGGCACCAACACCGUCGGCAACAUGACGGCGCCGGCGACGCGCGAGCAGGUGGCCGAGGUGUUCCGCGGGUGGGGGCCGACGGUGCGCAACAUUGUGUCGCUGCUGCCCGCGGAGCUCGACCGCUGGGCCAUCUUCGACACGUACGAUCACCCAGCACCGACCUUCGUCGGGGGCCGCGUGUGCUUGGCCGGAGACGCGGCCCACGCGUCGUCGCCGCAUCACGGCGCUGGCGCGGGCAUUGGCGUUGAGGACGCCCUGGCGAUCUGCACGCUGCUGGCGCGCGUCAAGGAGACGCUGCAGGCCGAAGAAGCCGUGCUCAAGGCUGGACUCAUCGAGAAGGCGUUGCGCGUCUACGACAGGGUGAGACCCCCGCGCAGCCAGUGGCUUGUGCAGAGCAGCCGCGAGGUGUGCGACAUCUACGAGUGGAACUAUCCCUCUACGGGAACCGACUGGGACAAGUGCCUCGCCGAGAUCACGGCGCGGUCGCACAAGCUGUGGUACUUUGACAUUGCGGGCAUGCUUGCGGAGCUGGACCGGGGUUAUGAGAAGAUGAAAAAUCUCCAGCUCGCGCCGGAAGUAGCCAGUGAUCACCACCCAAGUGCUGAGUAG